AUGUGUGGUGAGGGCUUACAGGCCCCCUGUACCUCGAGUGACACUGCUACGGGUGAACGAACCUGUCGUAAGCGCUUCCCUAAGCCAUUCACCUCUGAGACGAUCCCGAAUGAGCAUGGAUACCCCCAGUAUCGCCGGCGUGACCUUCCUGAUAUGGCAUUUACCAAGCAUGUGAAGGGCCGUGAGGUCACUGUGGAUAAUAGCCGGGUGGUGCCAUAUAACCCGUACCUCACGGUCCGCUAUAACUGCCACAUCAACGUUGAGCUCUGUCGCGGUGUCGAGGUUGUUAAGUAUAUCACUAAAUACGCCUAUAAAGGCCCAGAUCGGGCUACAGUCCAGCUUACUCUUACAGACGAGAUUACGGAAUAUCUCGAGGGCCGGUACAUCGGACCGUCGGAGGCGAUCUGGCGCCUGCUGGGAUACCGAGUCCAUGAGGAAUUCCCGCCCGUGCUGGCGCUCCCGGUCCUUCUCCCAAGUCAGCAGCCAGUCCGCUUUCCGACCGGUGCUAACGUUGAUGAUAUUCGACAUCGGAUGGAUAACGCGCUGAGUCUAUUGAUGGCUUACUUCGACUACAAUACUGUUGCCCGCCAGCAGGGCCGCCCGACGUAUCUAUAUCAGGAUAUGCUACGGCACUGCAUCUGGGACCGGUGCCAGAGGGUCUGGCGGCCACGGAAAAAUGGGACUGUUAUUGGUAGGAUGUACCAUGUGAGUCCCCGUGACGGCGAGCGCUUCUAUCUACGGCUGCUAUCAACGGUCCGGCAUGAUGCUGUAAGCUUUGAGGAUCUAAGGACCGUACGCCCUGGAUCAACAGAGCGGACAUUCCGUGAUGCCUGUAAGAAGCUUGGACUGCUAGAGGAUGACAACCACUGGCGGGCCACAUUCACGGAGGCUAUGACUUUCGCAUCUGGCAAAUCUCUACGGAAUGAGUUUUGUGUUGCUGUCGUGCAUGGUGAUGUUACGGACCCACCGGCACUCUGGGAUGAGUUCCAAGUGCACCUAUGCGACGACCUGCACCGUCAGUUGGAGUGCCUCACGGAAGCUGGCAGAGAGCUACCUGCCACUUCUACCAGAGAACAGUAUCUAGACUUUGGCCUGUUUCUGAUCGGCCGACUGCUGGCCAGGCAGAGUAAGACAUUGGCGGAUUAUUAUAUGCCAUCCCCGGAAGCUCAUUGGUCGGCCUUCCAGCCGUCAUCCCGAGAGGGUUUGCAUAAUAUGCCAUUAGAUCGCCUAACCACCGCGGCCGCGAAGUUACGUGAUCAACUCAACAAUGAUCAACAGGCCAUCUUUUCCGCCGUGGUAUCCACUGUGCUUGACGGUCGGCCUUCUGCGUGGUAUCUACAAGGCCCUGCCGGCACUGGCAAAACAUUCCUCUACCGUACGAUCUACGCUGAGCUGCGGCGCUUGGGCUUCGAUGUGGCCUGUAUUGCUUCGUCCGGCAUUGCCGCGACCCUACUGCCGGAUGGCAGCACAGCCUAUAGUUAUUUUGGUAUCCCGCUCGAGUUACAUGAGGACUCGACCUCGACUUUACGGCUAAGAUCUGCGAAAUUCCGCCGCCUACGGACAACGGCUCUGAUCAUCUGGGAUGAGGUCCCGAUGCAGGACCGGUAUGCAGUAGAAUUGGUGAAUCGUCUCCUACAAGACGCCCGUAAUGACGACCGUCUAUUUGGUGGUCUUCCAGUCCUGAUAGGUGGUGAUUUUGCACAGACCCUGCCGAUAGUAGUCCCAUCUAGCCGAACCAGGACGGUAGCUGCGUGCUUACAACGGUCUUCAAUUUGGCCACAGUUAACAGUUCUACAGCUACAUCGAAAUAUGCGUCUCCCGCUAAUAGGCGUCAAUGCAGACUACGGGCAAUAUCUAUUCACAAUGUCCUAUCGAGAAGAGUUACGAGGCACUAUCACCCUGCCCCAGUAUAUCCCCCGAUCCGAUACAGUGGAGGAGCUCUGUGAUGCUGUAUACCCCACCACAGCACUAUCGACAACCACUGGGGACCUGGAGUUCUUUGCUGAACGAUCCAUUAUCACCAUCCGUAAUGACGCCGUGGCGGUGUUCAACGACCAGCUGAUUAGUCGCAUGCCUGGCGAGUCGAGGAUUUAUUGGUCCGCAGACCGUGCCCAGGAUCGCUCUGGGAGGGAUCAACCAGCACUUACAGAGCAACCUCUAGAAUAUCUACAUUCUAUCAAUAUGCCAGGCCUGCCACCGUCCAUGCUAGCGUUGAAGGUCGGUGCCCCGAUUAUGCUGAUCCGGAAUCUACGACAAGAAGACGGCCUCUGCAAUGGCACCCGUCUCAUCAUCACCGGUCUAUACCGAUGGAACAUUACCGCCCGGAUCAUCGCUGGCGACCACAAAAGGGUGGAGCACACAAUCCCCCGUAUCCCCUUAGAAACAACCGAGGGCCAGCUAUCCUUCACUCUCCGCCGGGUGCAGUUCCCAAUCCGUCUCUGUUUUGCCAUGACGAUUAAUAAGAGUCAGGGACAGUCAUUGAAACAGGUGGGUGUGGACCUUCGUGUACCAGCCUUCUCCCAUGGGCAGCUGUACGUCGCGCUCUCAAGGGUGACAGAUGUAGCCAAACUAUCAGUCCUACACGAGGAAGGCCUAGAUACAACAGAAAAUGUCGUAUUUCCAGAGGUCUUACAACGCUUCGAUUCUACGGCUUGA